AUGGCUGAUGUGGCUCAUCAGAUGGGGAUUCUGAUUGAUGAAGACUGUGAUGAGUGUCAGAGUGCCAGGAAGAUGGCAGAUGAAAUCACCGGGAACUUCAAAGACACAAUGAAAUUCAAAGACAAACAGCUACCCUUACAAGGGCAAAUCUGGAAAGAGCUUUCCCAGUUAGAAAAAGAGAGGUGUAGGCUGAGAAAAGCAGGGGAUCAAGACAUUGAACACUACAAGAGCUCUCUGAAUAAAAAGGAGGAAGAGUUGAGAAAGAAGCAACAUAAACGUGACAUGUCAGAUGCAAUGGCAAGCUUCAUUUUAGGAUUGUCAAGUUCAGGAGCUGAGCGAUCCUAUUUCCUCAAAUGGAUGCGGAUAAAUCUGGACAAUCUGUCACGGCAGAACCUGUCUGGUUUAAGGGACCGGUACAAAGAUCUUUGCCAAAAUUCUCCUGAGAAAAAAGACGACAUUAAAGAUUUGGAUAAGCAAUUAUCUGACUGUUCCUUAGGUCUUGAACACUUCCUGCGUGAGUUGGGCCAGUUAUAUGAAGCUGCCUGCUCCCUCCCUGAAAGUAGCCUACAAAGGAAACAGAUGGAGCAUCUACCUGGAUUGUGCGCUCAGAUGCUGUUGGAUGGUUUCCCCAUUGAGCUUGUGGAUGGAGAUGCAUCAAAUAUCCCUUUGAAAUGGAUAGCAGCUGUACUGACUCAGCUUCAUACUCUUGUCCAAUCCAACAGCAAGAUCCGGGUGGUCACAGUUUUAGGGGUCCAAAGCACUGGGAAGUCCACUCUCCUCAACACCAUGUUUGGGGUCCAGUUUGCUGUCAGCAGUGGAAGAUGCACCAGAGGGGCUUUCAUGCUACUGAUUAAAGUCAACAAAGAACUCAAGGAGGAACUGAAAUGUGACUUCAUCAUGAUCAUUGACACAGAGGGGUUGAAAUCACCAGAGCUUGCUCAACUUGAUGAUAGCCAUGAACAUGACAAUGAAUUGGCGACACUUGUAAUAGGACUCAGUGAUGUCACGAUUAUCAACAUUGCCAUGGAGAACUCCACAGAGAUGAAAGACAUUCUACAGAUUGUUGUUCAUGCUUUUAUCAGGAUGAAGGAAGUGGGGAAGAAGCCAGUAUGUCAUUUUGUGCACCAGAAUGUGUCAGACAUGUCUGCUCAUGACAACAACAUGAGGGACAGGAAGAAGUUGUUGGAACAGUUGGAUGAAAUGACCCUGGCAGCAGCCAGAAUGGAGAAGAAGGAGAAUAUCACCAAGUUCACGGAUGUGAUGGAGUAUGAUCCAGACACAAGCAGCUGCUACAUCCCAGGACUCUGGCAUGGGACUCCCCCUAUGGCUCCAGUCAAUGCAGGCUAUAGUGAGGCUGUGUAUGACUUCAAGAAGACCUUGAUGAAAGAUUUCAGAACCUGUCAGAGAAAUGAUGAUUUAACACAUUUUCUGAAGUGGACACAAAGCUUGUGGGAGUCUGUGAAAUUUGAGAAAUUCAUCUUUAGUUUCAGAAACAGCUUGGUUGCAGAUGCAUACUCCAGAUUAUGCUCGGAGUACAAUGGUUGGGAAUGGGCCUUCCAGAAAGAGAUGUAUAAAUGGAUGGUGGGUGCUGAAACUAAAAUGUCCAAUAUUGGCAUGACAGAUCAAUAUCCCCAGAAGUCCAUAAGAGAUGUGCUAAAAGACUUAAUGUUAGAAGCAUCUGAGAAGCUGACAUUGGGAGAAAAGGAAAUCCAAGACAAUCUAGUAAAAUACUUUGAAAAAGAAGAUGGCCAUGUCAAUCUUGUGGAAAAAUACAGGGAGGACUUUGUGUCCAGUGCCAAAACACAGAGACGAGAGACAGAAAACACUGUGAAGAACAAACUGCAAGGAGCUGUUGAAAUCAAAGAGGGAAUGACAGAACUGAACAACAUCAAGAGCUCUCAGGCAAGUACAAUUGAGAAAAAGGUACUAGAUUUGCUUCAGAUUUGUAGACAGAAAAAAUAUAAUCUAUCAGAUGAGGCACUCAGUAAAGAGUUUGAAAUCAUGUGGAGAAAAACUCUUUCUGAGAUACACUUCAAAGGACUUCCUAAGCGAGAUGUUGCCCAAGAUGCCUUUCUCAUGUUGCGUUCAAAUCUGUCAACAAGGAGCAGUCAUGUCAACAGUCUAUUGGUUGGAACCAGACUGUUGGAUUGUGGGAGAAAAGCCUUUGUUGUGGAAUCCGAGAGUUGGUGGCAGCAGACUAAAAACAUAGUAAAGCAUGGGGAUCGCGACCAUCACAGGAAACAACUACAAGACCUCUGUGAUGACAUCAUAACACAGUGUCAGGAGUUUAUAAAAGAAAAGGUUAAAGGAAAGUCUGAUUAUCAUGACACUUACAUCAAAGACCUGCUGAACAGGAUUGAUGAAACAUUGCAACGCCACAAGAAUGUUAAAGUCAGUGAGGAAUGUGAAGUUUCUCUGAAGCUACACAUCUGUGGCAGAGCAGCCAGAGAGUUUCAAAAGAUGCAUGAUGAUUUCAUUGAAGUCAAUGACCCAAAGAAGUGUCUGGAAAAGUCUAAGAACAAGUACCUUACUGAGUUCAGAGACUUGUUUCAUAACCGAGACCAGUGCCAAAAGAAAGCUGAGGACUUCACAAAGCUCUGUUUGCAGCCAGCUGUACAGGACUAUGUGACCAAAAUGAUUGGUCCUGAUGUGGUUGAUGAAGUGAAGAUUGGUAAAGGAUCAGAGGAUUACAGCACAAGAGGGGCUUUCCAGUUCGCCAUUUUGAAACAACUCCUGACAGAUGGAAAAUAUGACAAAUAUAAAGAGUACAUUAGUCAUUAUGAAAGGUUUGUGAAGGACUGGCUGUUUGACCAGAUUGUCCAACAACAGUCAAAGGACCGCGGUCUGGAGAAAUUGGAGAAGAAACAUCUUUCAGAGAUGGUCAAGAUGAUCACUGACACAAUCUCUAACAUCAGAGAAACAACUUGCAUAAACAAUGUAAAUGAUGUCAAGACAUUCAUUCAAAACAUCUGCAGUGCCCUUGAAGAGAAGCUGGUCCUCAAGGAUGCUCUGGAUUCCAUCUUGAUUCUGAACACUGCAGAUACAGAACAGUUUGCUGUCUACCUCACAGAGUUUGUGAGAGAAAUGGAGCAGUCACUGGCAGCUGAGUACAAAAAGAGAGGUAACAUCAAAGAGAGACUCAGAUCUCUUCCAUUCAAGCCUCACGACGAGAUGUUCACCAGUCUGUUUGGCUGUGGGAAGCAAUGUCCCUUCUGUGGUGUACCUUGUGAAGCAGGGGGGAUAGAGCACAACAAACACCAUUCCUCCAUUCACCGUUCACAAGGUAUCUGUGGUUAUCGGAAUAAUUAUUCAAAGAAAUUAAUAAUUGAGAUAUGUUCAUCUCUUGUGGUUAGUUGCAAAGCAACAUUCUCCAACGCUGUGACUGGAGGAAAGUUUCACCCCUACAAGGACUACCAGACAUAUUACCCUGACUGGACCCUAACUGGUGAUGCCAGCGUGGAGGCGUCAGACUACUGGAAGUAUGUGAUGGCCACAUUCCAUGAGAGAAUCGCUAAAGAAGUAAAUGCACUUCCUGCUGAUAUCCCAGGGGACUGGAAGGCAUUAACACCUGAUGAUGCAAUGAGUAGCUUAAAAAUGUCAUUCAACAUGAAAUAA